CCACCGCCUGCAACAACAACAAAAAAACCCUAAUUCCCUUUCGAUUUCAAUCUGUGUUUUCCUUCAAAUCAAUCUGUUUUUCAUCAGAUCUGGUCAUUAUUGUUCGAUUUCUUCGGUCAAUUUUGAUUGUUAGGGUUUGAUUUUGAUUUUUAGGGUUCGAUUUUUUUUUCAAUUCUUGGGUUUUCUUUGAAACCCUAGCUUCGAUAUCAUCGAAGAAAUCGGAGAUCUUUCAUAAAGUUUGUUUUUUUCCUUCUGGGUUUCGAUGAAUACAUCUGGGUUUCAAAUCUUUUGAAGUUUUAUUAGAUAUAGGGUAGGGGUACGUAUAAUCGUAUGUGUAUGGCUUCAGGAAUAACGUUAGAUGCGGAUAAGAUUAAUAAAGAAAAAAGAAAGUGGGAACCUGGCAAUAAAGUUUAUACAAGAAGACCCAAAAAAGUAUUAAUUACCGCCACCGAAACCGAUGCCGCCGUAGCCGUCCCGGUUGUCGAGGCGAAUAACGAUGAAACCCGCCCGGAGAUAUCGAAAGAUUUACCCGGGGUAGGUUUACGGAACGGAGAGGUGGAGAGAGAGACGGUGAAUAGAGUUGUUAGACCGUUUGUUAGCCGAGUCGAUAAUAGGGUAAAGAUUUGUUUAGUAGCUACUACUCCUAAAAAUGAGAUUAAGGGGCUUGAGGAGAAGUUGAAAGGGGAGUUGGAACAAGUUAGGGGCUUAGUUAAAAGGCUUGAGGAUAAAGAAACCGAGAUUGCUCAUCAUUCGACGGUUUUAGGUACUACUUCUAAUAAUAAUAAUAAUGAUGGGAGUUAUAGUCAGUUACAGGGUUUGCAGUAUCCGACGGUUUUAGGUACUACUAAUAAUAAUAAUGAUGGGAGUUAUAGUCAGUUACAGGGGUUGCAGUAUGCGGGUGAUGUUACGACAGAUGGGAGAUCGUUGCUUAGGGAUAAUUCGGAAAUGGCGACAGAUUACAUGGAUAGAAGGGCUUUAACUAGGGUUUAUUCUGAGAUGGGUUCGGGAACAGAUAGGAGAGCGUUAACGAGAGUUAAUUCUGAGAUGGUGUCGGUUCCAAAUCAAGAUAUGAAUAGGCUUAGACAGCUGAGUGUAUCUGUUGGUGGUGAUUAUGCUGAGAAAGAGAAGAGGACGCCGAAGGCUAAUCAGUAUUAUCAGAAUUCUGAUUUCCUUCUUGGAAAAGAUAGAUUACCUCCUGAGAGUAACAAGAAGCCAAAGCUUAAUGGAGCCAGUAAGUCGGAAUACUCUGUUGCUCUUGAACGACACAAGAAACAGGCGUUUAGGAGUUGUAAUACUUUGCUUCAGAGGUUGAUGAAGCACAAAAAUGGUUGGGUGUUCAAUGAGCCUGUUAAUGCAAAAUUACUCGGACUUCAUGAUUAUCAUGAUUUUAUUAAACAUCCAAUGGAUUUGGGAACGGUCAAGAGUCGGUUAUCUCAGAACUUUUACAAGACGCCUGUUGAAUUUGCAGAGGAUGUGAGACUCACGUUUCGUAAUGCUAUGACGUAUAAUCCUAGAGGGCAUGAUGUCCAUGCUAUGGCCGAGCAGCUAUUAAAUAUAUUUGAAGAAAGAUGGGCAGUGAUCGAGUAUGACUGGAGGAAUGGAGCAUUUCAUGAUGCAGGCAUGCCUACUCCAACUUCAGGAAAGGUUACUAAUCAUAGGACUUUUGAUAGGUCACAGUCUAUGGCUUUGCCUUUCAUGGCUAGGCCGAAGCCUGCCACGUUUGCCCCGGUGACUAGGACUCCGGUCCCAAAGAAACCAAAAGCUAAGGAUCCCAAUAAGAGAGACAUGACCUAUGAUGAGAAGCAAAAGCUCAGUGCAAAUCUCCAGAACUUGCCUUCGGAAAAGCUUGAUAACAUCGUGCAGAUCAUUAAGAAAAGUAAUACCUCGCUUUCCCAAAAUGAUGAAGAGAUCGAAGUUGACAUCGACAGUAUUGAUGUUGAAACUCUAUGGGAACUUGAUAGGUUUGUUACCAAUUACAAAAAGAAUUUGAGCAAGCAUAAAAGGAGAGCUGAACUCUCUCAACAGGCAAGAGAACUAGCUGUAAAUACUAAUCCACCGGUGCUUGAGAACCCUACAGCUCUCAUACCAGAGGUACCAAUACAGAAGAGAGCAGCAGAUGAGAAGAUUCCUGCUACUGGUCCACCCAACCAAGGGGAGAACCGUGGGGAUAAUGUCAGUAGGUCAAGUAGUUCAAGCAGUUCAAGUAGCGACUCUGGAACCUCUUCAAGCGAUUCAGACAGCGACAGUUCAUCUUCAGAUGAGGGGCACUCACCUAGGACUUGAAAGGAGCAGCAAACUGAGUUAGAUUGCAGAGCACACUACAUAAAUAUUAUUGCAGUUUUUCAGUAUAAUGAUGCUAUCGUGUGAAAUUUCAAAAAUGCUUUUGAUGUGCCAUAUAUGUGUGCAUGAUGGCUGAACGAGAGCAUUAUUUUCAGGAGUUUCAACUGCAAAGUGCUCGGGAUUUUUGGAAGGUGAAUUGAUGCUGCACAUUUUGAUUGGAAUAUGUUUGGUAUGUUGAUGCGGUGGAACUUGCUAGGUAUUUAGGGUGUAUGAAAUAGAUUCUUUUAGGGAUAUGGGAACUCCUUGAUGUAGCAAAUGUAGGUUACCAAAAUUUGCUACCAGUUUUAGUCAUGAGGUGCCCGUGCUAGGUUUUGAGUUAUGUUCUUGGUUCAAUUUGAAUAGGGUAGACCAAAUGCCAGAUUGUUUUCAUAAGUUGGAUAAGUGCUGUUUUGCUUUCAUUAUAAGUCGUUAAAUUCUUUGUAACGCUUAUGAAAUUAUGUCAAAUGAAAAAUGUAGGUAGCUUGUACAGUUA